AUGCUUGACCUUGAAAUCACCGAUCUGAUCUCUGCUGAAGAUCCUAAAAAUUUGCAAAUAUUCACCGUCAAAGUGAUACAUGAAUCACCUAGCUCACCAAACUCGCCUCUACAAUCCAGGAUACUUCUGGCAAAGCUUUAUGAGCCCCUCUAUUUCAACGAUGCCUCGGAGUAUUUAUGUCCAUGUCGAGUGAUGGAUCGCUCCUAUACUCACGAGACUGCUGCAUACUCCGUUCUCUCUGAGUUCCAAGGUCGAGAAAUCCCUCGUUAUUAUGGCUCAUACACCUUUGAUAUCCCUGUUGAUACUUCCGGCACCCUCAAUGUGAGAUCUGUACGACUGAUCUUGACGGAAUAUAUCCGUGGGACAGAUAUGGCUGAGGCCAGUCCAUAUUUCGUCAAAGCCAGUUCCCCAAAAUACGUCCUGGAGACUCGUCAGCAGAUUAUGAAGAAAGUUGUUGAAUUUGAGAGUGUUGCAUUUACUAGGAACAUCCUGCUCAAAGAUCUCAGUCCUCGAAAUGUUAUACUACCAGAUGACGACCCAGCAAGCCCCAUAUUCAUUGAUUUCGGUGAUGCGCUCCUAAAACGCUUACCUGACGACCCAAUUUGCGCAAAAAUGGAUUUCCUGCCAGGACAAUAUAUCUCGCCCCUGCUUCGGUGGGAUAGAAAUCGGGCGUAUGAAUUUGUAAUGCAUGAGUGGGUAGAUUGGGAUUGGGAACCCUGGGUGGAUGCUGAGUUUGCAAAUACGGCUCCAACGAUAACACCAAGGAUACUUGAAGUCUUUGGUAAGUUAAGAAAAUAUGAUUUGAAAUCUAGUAAAUGUUCCGAUAGUUCAAACUCGAAGGGUGCGGAGGACUUGGAGUGA